CGGGAGGGUCGGGGAGAAGGAGCAUUCGCCUGAGGCUGGAGGAGGCUGAACUGCGUCUCCGCCCAGCCCGCGCCUAUGCGGUACUUGAAGGAUGGCGAAGAGGUCGCGCAGUGAGGAUGAGGAUGAUGACCUUCAGUAUGCUGAUCAUGAUUAUGAAGUACCACAGCAAAAAGGAUUGAAAAAACUCUGGAACAGAGUAAAAUGGACAAGAGAUGAGGAUGAUAAGUUAAAGAAGUUGGUUGAACAGCAUGGAACUGAUGACUGGACUCUAAUUGCUAGUCAUCUUCAAAAUCGUUCUGAUUUUCAAUGCCAGCAUCGAUGGCAGAAAGUUUUAAAUCCAGAAUUGAUAAAGGGUCCCUGGACUAAAGAAGAAGAUCAGAGGGUUAUUGAAUUAGUUCAGAAAUAUGGACCAAAAAGAUGGUCUUUAAUUGCAAAACAUUUAAAAGGAAGAAUAGGCAAGCAGUGUAGAGAAAGAUGGCAUAACCAUCUGAAUCCUGAGGUAAAGAAAUCUUCCUGGACAGAAGAGGAGGACAGGAUAAUCUAUGAAGCGCAUAAGCGGUUGGGAAAUCGUUGGGCAGAAAUUGCCAAACUACUUCCUGGAAGGACUGAUAAUUCUAUCAAAAAUCAUUGGAAUUCUACUAUGCGAAGAAAAGUGGAACAAGAGGGCUACUUACAAGAUGGAAUAAAAUCAGAACGAUCUUCAUCUAAGCUUCAACACAAACCUUGUGCGGCUAUGGAUCAUUUGCAAACCCAGAAUCAGUUUUACAUACCUGUUCAGAUCCCGGGCUAUCAGUAUGUGUCACCUGAAGGCAAUUGUGUAGAACAUGUUCAGACAUCUUCUGCCUUUAUUCAGCAACCCUUUGUUGAUGAAGAUCCUGAUAAGGAAAAGAAAAUAAAGGAACUUGAGUUACUUCUUAUGUCAGCUGAGAAUGAAGUUAGAAGAAAGCGAGUACCAUCACAGACUGGAAACUUUUCUAGCUGGUCUGGUAGUUUCCUUAUGGAUGAUAGCAUGUCUAAUACUCUAAAUAGCCUCGAGGAGCACACAAGUGAGUUUUACAGUAUGGAUGAGAAUCAGACUGUGUCUGCUCAGCAGAAUUCACCCACAAAGUUCCUGGCCAUAGAGGCAAAUGCUGUGCUGUCAUCUCUACAGACCAUUCCAGAAUUUGCAGAGACUCUAGAACUUAUUGAAUCUGAUCCUGUAGCAUGGAGUGACGUUACCAGUUUUGAUCUUUCUGAUGCUGCUGCUUCCCCUGUCAAGUCCACCCCAGUUAAACUAAUGCGGAUACAGCACAAUGAAGGACCUAUGGAAUGUCAAUUUAACGUCAGUCUUGUACUUGAAGGGAAAAAAAGCAGUUGUAAUGGUGGAGACAGUGAGACUGUUCCUCUAACAUCUCCAAACGUGGCCAAGUUUAGCACUCCACCGACCAUUCUCAGAAAGAAGAAAAGAAUGCGAGGGGGUCAUUCCCCAGCCAGCGAGCUUGGUGAUGGCUCAUUCAGUGAUGGUGGUAAUACAGCACUAAAACACACACCAGUGAAAACACUACCAUUCUCUCCUUCACAGUUUUUUAACACAUGCUCUGGAAAUGAACAACUUAAUAUGGAAAAUCCUUCAUUUACAUCAACCCCGAUUUGUGGGCAGAAAGUUCUCAUUACCACUCCUCUUCAUAAGGAAACAACCCCCAAAGAUCAGAAGGAAAAUGUAGGGUUUAGAACACCUACUAUUAGAAGAUCUAUAUUGGGUACCACACCGAGAACUCCUACUCCUUUUAAGAAUGCGCUUGCUGCUCAGGAGAAAAAAUAUGGACCUCUUAAAAUUGUGUCACAGCCACUUGCCUUCUUGGAAGAAGAUAUUCGGGAAGUUUUAAAAGAAGAAACUGGAACAGACAUAUUCCUGAAAGAGGAAGAUGAACCUGCUUACAAAAGCUGCAAACAAGAGCAUACGGCUUCUGUAAAGAAAGUCAGAAAAUCACUAGUCUUAGAUAAUUGGGAAAAAGAAGAACCAGACACCCAGCUAUUAACUGAAGACAUUUCAGAUAUGCAGUCAGAAAAUAUAUUUACAACAUCUUUAUUAAUGAUACCAUUAUUGGAAAUACAUGACAAUAGGUGCAACUUGACUCCUGAAAAACAAGAUAUAAAUUCAACCAACAAAACAUGUACACUUACUAAAAAGAAACCAAACCCUAACACUUGCAAAGUUGUCAAAUUGGAAAAGAAUCUUCAGUCAAAUUGUGAGUGGGAAACGGUGGUUUAUGGGAAGACAGAAGACCAACUUAUCAUGACUGAGCAAGCCAGAAAAUACCUGAGCACUUACACGGCCACCAGCAGCACUUCACGAGCUCUAAUACUGUAAUUGUUACCAGGACUGGUGAAAUGCCCGACUUCCCUACUGUAUUCUACACUAAAUUAGGUUGCAAUGAAAUUUUUGUCAAUUAAUUGUUUUUAACGUUUUAAUACAGGCCUAAAACGGUUUGCAUACUUUUUUAUAUUGGGCAGGCAAAAAGCUAAGCCACUUAAGUAAGGGGAAGGAAAUCUCAUAGGUUAUUUUUUAAGAGAUGAUAUUUUUAAAAUUUGUUUUUAAAGAACAAGACAGGGAAAAUAAUACUAGAAUGUUCAUAGAUUUUCUAAGAGUAAACUUUCACAUAUUUUCUUCACAAGAUACAUGUUGCUACUCUCUUGAUGCUGCAGUUUUAUUGUAAUAUGUCAUGAUUUCUGAGACUAGUUUCUGUAUGGAAAGCAUUCAUGAUUUUAUGAAGUACUUCUGCCGGUGUGCUGAUUUACUUAGGCUGACAUCUACAGAGAAACACAGUGAAAAGGAAUUUAAAGGAAGGAUAGGAAGUUGCACUACUAAUUUUUGGUAUUUUUCAAAAACAGUAAAAUUAACUACAGUGUUAAAUGUAUUUCUUUGAGCAUGGUACUAAAAAUAAAAAGCAUUGAAAAGGGUUUUUUCCUUAUUAGUAAGGAGUCAGUAUUUUCUUCAUAAAUCUCAGAAGAGCUGAGAGUUUUGUUGAAUGUAUUGUACAGUAUGUAGGAGCUGGAAAACUUUGUAAAUUGGAAAGAAGUCUGUUUUUAUAAUUUAUUUUCAUUUUUAAAGCUUAAAUGUAGAUAUUUAUAUAUAUAUAGGGUGUCUAGAAGCCAGUGUUGUUUCCUGUCAUUACAGCUAACAUAGUAAAGAACAAUUUUGACCUUUAAGUAUGAAACAGUAGUAAGUUAUAGCUGCAAAGAAUACAAUAUCUAUACUGUAUGUCACAUCUACCUAAAUAUUGCACUAUGCCCUUUAAAUCAUGUUGGUUAUAAAGUAGUUCUAAAAAUGUGCUAAAUAAUAAUUUAAUAUUUUCUUUUUAAAUUAUAUUGGGGGGGUCAUAUAAAUUAAUCUGGUGAUUUGUAUAUGUGUUUUAAAUUUUUGCAUUUUAUUUGUUUAAAAAAUAAUAUGGUACCUUGGUCCCUAAAAACAGUCUGCACUUAGAAGUUUAUUAUAUUUACUCAAUGUUUCAGAAGUAGAGAACAUUAACUUUUAUUUAUAAAAAAAUUUGUCCUUUUAUAAAUGUUUUGUGUUUCUCUACAGGUUACAACAGUUGCUUCAGUUGCCUGUUUUAGGUGUUUGCACUUACUUUUUCUUGAAAGAAUGUCUUUUAUUUUGCUUUUGUGUAGAUUUUAUGUAAUUUUUUGAGACAUAUAAUGGUAUGCUGUCACCUUAAACACUGACAGGUAAAUAAAAUUGUACACUGUAGUUUUAAUUAUUUAUAAUUGACACACUCUCUCCCUCUCCACUCCUGAAGUAUGCUGCUAUAGAAAUAGCAGAAUCAGCUUGCUGC